AUGCAUCGAGAUAUUCGUAGCAAGAGAGGACAAAGAGGGAAAUCUCACUGGAAACCUCCAUCUAGUACUGUGCAUAGCAAUCAUCCUAUUAGUGAUGAUGCAGAUCUGAUUGAUGAGAGAAACUCAUUUAGUAAAAGACAGAUUGUCAGCAACCAUGCUAGAUUCCAUCAAGACAUCAUUGCAUCAGAACCUCAAGACACUCCUGAACUCUUGGCUCGAGUGGUCGACGAGUCUAGUUAUGACAUUCCUGCAGCAUCGUUUCAGUUUAGCACAGAAAGAGUGGCCGAUAGUUCGGUAGAUGGUCUGCAACUAUCCUUUGACUGGACUGCACUGCGUAGUCACUUGGAUGCACUCCAAGUCGUGGCCAAAGAGCCAGAUCCUCACACUGCAGUCUUUGUAUUUCAUCCACUUCCAUUGCUAUAUGCAUUUAAUCCAGUCCAUGUUCCUGAUGCUCUGGUAUCGCAGACCUCACUUCAGUCCGAUACUGCCACCAGCAAUCUCCUGCCCACUUGUUCAGAUCCUCAUCAUGUCACCACCAAUAGCUUAUCCGAUUCUAAACAUGCUUGUGAUGACUUUGUAGACAGCUUAUUGGAUCUGGACUCUACUCUUCAACCCUCUUUAACAACUUUUAACUCAUCAAGCAAGCCAUCAAUUGAUGCUGCUGCCUCGUUUGUUACUUCAAAUCCCAGUCAGACCCAAGAUAACAUUGAUUCAUGGCUGGAUGAUAUUCUGGGCUGA